AAUAAUGCAUGGUAUAUAUGGCCAGCCGAACUAAGAAGACAGUAUGAUUGUCCUUUAUUCUACACAAAACAGUAGACCUACAAAGUGUUUCUUCAAAUCAGAACCAAUCGCUCACAAGAACUAGCCAGCAUACUCAGCAAUACAUUUUGAAAUAUGUUGAGAUCCAUCUUCACCUUCACUAUCUUAGUGAUUACUGGGUCCACCUUCCCGGUAGUCCAGGAAACUAGCAUCGCAGUAACCUGCGCCAGCAAUCUCGCUAUUCCUGUCGAAGUCAGCGGGGCGUGUUACUAUCCUUCCGGUAACACCUGCCCAACUAUAGCCCAGAAGCUCACUGACGACAAAGACGACGGAAGGAGCAGAGGCCUCGUCGUUCAGAACAAGGACAUUGUUUCUCAUACAUACUUUGUGUAUAAAAAUAACUGCGACUGCAUGCCUGUCAAGUAUAUUACAAUUCCCGGCAAUGACAUGAGGUUCGUCUCAUUUUCCGCCGGCUUCCAAGGACGCAUGACUCGCGGCACAGAGUCCGCAAACCUUAACGGCAAAUACCAUUUGCUAGGGACAUGGGUGGAGUUUUCGUGGGAUACGGAUGGGACGGGAUGGGCCGACGUUUCACUGAUCAAAGGCUGUGACGGGGCCGUGGACAUGGUGGCCCUCGACGAGAACGGUGCCAAGACAGGCUUUAGCGACAAUGUACUUAGUAAUGCUCCCACUGGAUCCUAUAAGCAGAAAGCUGGCUCCGGCGCAGUAGUGAUUAUGGAGACAGAAAGUCGCACUGAUCCGGCGAUUGUCAAUAAGGCCUCGAGGGACUGGCUGGCAGGCAAGCUUGGAUACGCAAAGGCAUAUAUUGAUGACUACCAUGGCCAUCAGGACAUUUGCUCGGUAAAUGGGCGCUUCCACAUUAACUUCUACAAAGGGCGGCAUUGAGUAAUAAUUGUAUCGCAGCACUAAAUUAGACAGGAGUGUACGACAUUCUGAAGAUUGGUCAGCACCUAUUCUAACACAUGGCGCAUAAGAGCCACAUGUAACCAUAAGUUCCACGCACGUAAUAAGGGGGCAAGCGGAUUAGUGACACUCCGGAAGCACGUUGGGGUCUUCCCCUCUGAGGUUUUACAGUCAUGAAGUUAGCUGGAGAUAGAAUUGACACUAUACAUCAAGAAAUAAUUCCAUCCACGUCUAAGGUUCCACCUUCUGAGAAAGAGCUAAAUGUGAUCAUUGCGACGAGAUCCUCCCAGGGGACCUGGUUAAAGGGCAU